CAUUUAUGGAAUGUUUGGUAAAAAGCCGGAUCCAAAGAAGCAAAUACGCCAGCAGCAACGACAGCUGACUGGUGCUCAGAGAGAUAUUGAUAGGGACAUUCGAGGGUUGGAGCGACAGGAGCAACAGACUCAAAAUGAGAUAAAGAAAGCUGCCAAAACGGGAGAUAAACAGACCUUAACUAUUUUAGCAAAGCAACUGAUCAACAUUAGAAAGCAAAAAACGAGAAUGUUGGGUAUGAAAGGUCAGAUUGGAGCUGUAAAAUCUAAAACAACAACCAUGCAAGCUAGCAUGAACAUGGCGCAGACAAUGAAAACCACAACAGGAGUCAUGGGUCAGAUGAACAAACAGAUGAAUCCCCAGGAUAUGGCAAAAGUUAUGCAAGGCUUUGAGCGUGAAAGUGCUAAGAUGGAUAUGACUGGUGAAAUGAUGGAAGACACUCUGGAUGAUGUUUUGGGUGACAGUGAAGAUGAAGAAGAAUCAAACCAGAUAAUGAACCAAGUGCUUGAUGAAAUUGGUAUUGAGGUUAAAGGAAAGAUGGACAGUGCACCUACUGCUGGCUCGUCAUCUCUGGCUGGUCCAAGCUCCGUCAGAGGCAGUAGAGCACCAACUGAUGAUGACAUUGAAGCUCAACUUAAGCGCCUAGCUGAGCUGUAAUGUGACCAGAUCAUCAAUUACAAUAUGAUUAUGAUAUAUGGUGAAGUAUGUUAAUCUUUUAGAGUGCAAAGCAGAAAUGUUUAGCAUUCUUGAUGGGGUCUUGUUAGUGUUAGGAAGAAAAAGACUCUCUAGGAUCUAAGAAAAAUGUAUAAUCUUAUAAUUUUAUUUUUGUUGAUAUAAUAGUUUCUUAAUAUUAGUACUGUUUAUCAUGUGAAUAAAAUUUGUUAUUUGUGUUUUGCACCUGUGAGAUAUUAGUAUACAAUUCUUGUCAGACUUCAUCAAUAAAAACAUGACAUUUUAAUUAUUAUAAGUAGCUGUGAGCUUGUUAAAAAUAUUAUCCUAUCAAUUUCCUCACAUUGAAAUAAUGAUUGGAAUUCAUUUUCUUUUUUUUUGUUUUCAGUAUAAUGUGGCAAUUUAAUGCAUCAAAUCAUAGCAAUCAAGAUAUUGGACUUUAUAAGUACUGUAGAGUGUAGAAGUUAGUCCUUUCUAAAAAUGUACAUUAUGUAUUCCAUUUCUUGUGGUUUUUCUUGCCCAUCAUAUCACGUCUUUAUAGUACGGUAAUAUUAUCAUAUUAGUGUUAGAUAAUAUGUUUAAUAUUAAUUGAUAUAUAUAUAAGAUCCUUUUAGAUUUUUGGCUUGUUUACAUACAUUGUCAUUAAUUACUUUAAUGAGAUUUGCAGAUCAAUAGUAAUGAGAUUUUAGCUUAAAUAAUUGAAGUUACAAUGUACUAUUUUUUAUUACCAGUAGUAGAUAUAGAUAUCACAGUAGUAAUAUUAAUGUAUUGAACAUAAUUUAUCAAAUUGAGGACAAUUUAAUGUUUCUUAAUA